AUGAAACUUGUUUUCUAUUUGGGUGUCCUUGCUGGGACAUUUUUCUGUGCUCACUCACAUGUGCAAAAAGAAGAUUCUGCUCCCUAUUUAGUAUACCUCAAGUCUCACUUCAACCCCUGUGUGGGUGUCCUUAUCAAAACCAGCUGGGUGCUGGCCCCAGCUCACUGCUACUUACCAAAUCUGAAAGUGCUGCUGGGAAAUUUCAAGAGCAGAAUCAGAGAUGGGACAGAACAGACAAUUAACCCUAUUCAGAUUAUCCGUUACUGGAACCAGACUGACAGCUCCCCACAGGAUGACCUCAUGCUCAUUAAGCUGUCUAAGCCUGCCAUCUUAAACCAUAAAGUCCAGAUCCUUCCCCUUGCCACCAGCAAUGUCCGGCCAGGAACAGUCUGCUUGCUCUCAGGUUUGGACUGGAGCCGGGAAAACAAUGGCAGACACCCAGACUUACGGCAGAACUUGGAGUCCCCUGUGAUGACUGAUAAAGACUGCAAGAAAACUGAACAAGGAAAAAAACACCGGAACUCCUUAUGUGUUAAGUUUGUGAAAGUAUUCAACCGGAUUUUUGGGGAGGUGGCCGUGGCUACUGUCAUCUGCAAAAACAAGCUCCAGGGAAUUGAGGUUGGACACUUCAUGGGAGGAGAUGUUGGAAUCUAUACCAAUAUUUACAAAUAUGUAUCCUGGAUUGAGAAAAGCACUAAGGACAAGAACAAAUGA